GUUGUCCUAAAAUCAGACAAGAGAAGCGUUUUUAGAGAAAAAUUUUUGCUGUUUUCUGGAGAGAAUGAACAGUCGAGGAGGAUGCUGUAUAGCAAGGUAUGCCGGUGGUGGAGUUUACGACUUGUCCAAAGUCGACAGGGUAAUGCUCCGGUUUCGACCGAUCGCACCGAAACCAGUCCCCGGUGGAACCGUAUCCCCCAAGGAGAAAAGUGAGCUCAACUCCAAAGCGGGAAGAGGGAAAAGAAGAAACUCCAACAGCAACAAUAAUAAUAAUAAUAACAAUAGUCCUAAGAAGUGCAAUAGGAGAAGGAGAAGGGUUUCAAGUGAGGAAAAAGGGAAAAGUCUCGGCGCCAGAGAUCAGUCAAUGGUGACUCUGCCGCUCCUCCCGGAGAUACCUGACCCGAAGGAAACGCCGUCAAGUGUCUCGCCCGAGAACCAACAUAAGAUUCCCACUUGGUUGAGCUUUCGUCAAGGGAAUCACAAUCAGAUGUUGUUUGACGAGUCCACUGGUCGGACUCGGAAGGUGGUGGUGGCGCCAGAGGAGGUCAGGACGGUGAGGUCAUACGUGACUGUUGAGUGUGUAAUGGACACGUGGGUGGUCGGAGAUGGGUUGGGGAGUAAUGAUGAGGAGAAAAAGGUAAAUCUGGCAAGGGACACGUGUCCGGGGUUUAUAUCCGACGGGAUGGGAAGGGUGACAUGGAUGAAUGAGGCAUACCGGAAAAUGGUUGACGGAGAAGGAGCGGACAUGAUGGUUUGGCUGGUGAUGAAGGAGAGGCCGAUGCUCAAGUACCCGGCGUUCACGUGCAGGGUGAGGGUACAGUACACAUGUGGGAUGGUGAAGGGCUCACUGACCCUGCCCUGUGAUGUGUGGAGGAUGGACGGUGGCGGGUUUGCAUGGAGGCUGGACAUCAAGGCGGCUCUCUGCCUUGGUCGGUGAAACACAUGGUAGAAGCCUGAUGAUUCUGAUGAUGAUCUAGAGAUUUAGCUAAAGUGUGUGUGGGUGAUCAGCUCAGGGCUUUCCUUUUCUUGAACUGUGAAUAUUUUUUGGAUUUGCUUUUGAACGUGUUUGUUGAUAACUAGUUUGUUUGUUUGCUUUUUUUUUUUUUCUUUUUUCUUUUGACUUGACUUGACUUGGGUGUUUUGCAUUGUAUGUACUACGCUAGUGUUUUUGUUAA